UUGUAGCCAAUCAGAGAAGGCAGGGGGCGUAUCUCCGAUCAGCAGUGGCUGUUUUUUAUGUUCGUUUCUCCGUAUUUCCCUCAGAAUCGGUGUAUUUUCUCUGUUUUUCCAUCAGGAUCUGUGUCUUUUCUCCGUGUUUCCAUCAGGAUCUGUGUCUGCUCUCUCCGUAUUUUCGCUUCGAUUCGCCGCAGAGGCUCUGAAGAGCCGCUGACACUCACCGGAAGUCUGUCACAGACACCGAAGUCCGAUGCUGCAGGUGGCGCUGGCUCCUCUUCAAAAUGAACAUUGGUUCUAAAAAUAAGAAGCGGGUGGUGCUGCCCAGCCGCCCUGACCCCCCCACUGUGGACCAGAUCCUGGAGGACAUCAACAGAGCCCCACCCUCAGACCCGGUCUACAGCAUCCUGGUGGACAAGGGACAAGACUCGUCUCAGGCGCCAGACAGUGACUUGGAGUUGAACUUCCAGCAGUGUCGUCGUUACAUGGAGCUGAACGAACGUCUUCAGGAGGCUCGAGGUCGUCUGCUGCAAAAGAGGGAGGAGCUAAGGAUGGCAGGGGAGCACCUGGACAGGGAUGUGGCAGAGGUCAAAGGUCAGAUGCUCUGACUCCUUCUCUGUCCAGGACAGCUGUUAAGGGGCGGGGUCUUCUCUGACCUCUGGUGGUGAUUCUGGAGACUGAAGUGUUUGUUUAUGAAGGCACGAUCUGAUGACAUCACAGUGAGCGACAGACUCUGAUGAUGCGUUCAGGUACACGAUGGUCUGCUGUUUGCACUACAAAUAAUUUAAUGUGCUUUUUAAGAUGAAAACAUCUUUAUAAGCACGUGUAAGACAUUUUAAAAACACAGCACAUCACACGGAUGGAGAUGUUUCCAGGAGGGGGCGCUGUUUUCAUGUGUUGUCUUCACAGAACUUUAACUGACAAUGAACUGUCUGUGGAUUGCAGCCAAUAAAAAUCUCACCAAACAAUAAAAUGUUAUUGCACAUAGAAAUUAAACAUCACUCACAAUCCA